UGCAGCUCCUCUGUGAUGCUUUGUGAGGAUCGACGCGGAGAUGCUUGGGCGGACGCGAUAGUCUAGGUAGCUGACCCUUAAACUACCUUCUCCUGCAUUCAUACAGAUUUACGGGUUACAUAAACAAGUGCAUUGGAGCAGUCGAGACGAGGUCAGCCAUGCAGAGUCCGACCCCGUCCAACAGCAGAGCAAACCCAGUGACCGCUGGGACCACGGUGCAACCACUGGACACUGAGACCGAAGCUCAGCCAGCUUCUGGUGGCCCAGUUGCGCAGCAAAAGGACAGCAAAUCCGCUGCUCCUACUCCGAUUGAAACAGUUGCGAAGCCGCAGGAAAAUAAGACCAGGGUGCAAACAGCAGACCCGCAAAAAAUGGCAGUCACGCAUGUAGUGGAGAAGGAGCCUGCUGCUGAGACACCGCCAGAGCCCUCCGGUAACAUGGACCGCCCUUUGGAGCCAAAUGUCUCUGCAGAACUGACACCAGCGACCAAAGCAAAUACUGCGGGAAAAAUGCAAAAGGCAAAGAAACCGGAUAAAUGCGCGCGUGAUGGCAGGAAAUACGUUCCUUCCAAGAAGGCCAUGGUAGAUCCUCUAAAGAUGGACAUGUCCAAACAAGUAAUUAUGCCUCUCACAUCGUCUCAGGUCUCCCUCCAGUGCCUCGAGUGCCACAUCAUCUUCAGUGAUUACAAGAGCAAGGUGCGUCACCUGAAGUUGAGCCACCCAGCAGAAUAUGAGGAGCGCAUACUGAGGAACGCCCUAUUCGCCUGUUACACAUGCGAUUCCCACUUCACCAGCUCUAACCAGCUCAUGAUCCACCAGAAAUCCCACAAGGAUAAGACACCCUUCAAGUGUCCUAUCUGUAGCCAAUCCUUCUGCAAGUCAUCAGAGCUCACCUCUCAUCAAAAAAGUCAUUUUGGCCAAGGCGGUUAUGCUUGUAUCGACUGUGGCAAACCUUGCAGAACGAUAACAUUGCUGAAGUAUCACCGUCGCACACACACGGGAGAGAGGCCGUAUGUUUGCAAGGAGUGUGGAAUCAGGUUCAUCACGACCAAAUCUAUGCAGAGACAUUUGGUCUCGCACUUGCCAAAGGGAGCUGAAGGAGAUGGGGUAGACAACACUGCAAAAACACCGCUGAAGAAAGACGAUGGUGCAAUAAAGUAUCCUUGUUGUGUAUGCAAGGCCACUUUUAAGACCACCAGGACAAGACAACGUCACAUGAAAACUAAGCACAAUAUGGUGCCUGCUGCAGGCAAAAAGGCCCUCUCAGUUGGGCUGCAAGUGAAACAAGGGACACCCAUCAUAACUCCAAUAUCUAUUCAUCAACCAGCACUCCUACAGGUGGGGCCCAAUGGGCCGCUGCAAAAGGUUGAUGCCAAUAUUGACACAGAGCAGAUUUGUAGACUUAUUGAGGCUUUGGGAAAUGUGCAGAAAGUAAACCAAGUUGUAAUAUUGGGGCAGGUGCCCCCUAAUGCCCCACCACUGGAAGUGCAGCAGGUAUCACAACUGGCUGAAACAACCCAUUUGAAUCCCCACCCACCACAGAUAGAUUGUAUGGGACUUAAAGAAACUGAAUCUAAGGAAGUUGGAUUGGACAUUUUUAACAACCCCAUUGAUUCAAUGGAGCAAACAAUUAUACUUGAACCUAUUACUCCAGAUGGGCAGUUGGAAAACCCCUCUUUCGCAGAACUAGGUUCCCACAUGGCAGCAGGUGAAAACGUAGAGCUAACACUCGUUCAGACUGAACAUACAGAGAGAUCUGGGGGAGAGGAGACUCAUCAGAUCAUUCAACAGUCCAAUAUUGUGGAAAUUCAGUCUGAUCCUAUGGAACAAAUUAUUUGUCAGAAUGAGUUGGGGCAAGACCUUGAGCAAACAAUCAUAUUAGAACUCAUACCAACUUCGGACCUGGAACAAUGCCAAACUGUGCCAUAUGAUGAAAUCCCGCUGCCCUGUCUGGUACCAACUACUGACCUGGAGAAGACUUCUGAUCACACUGCAUUAGAUGAGCAGAUCAGCCUGUCCACUCCAUUACUUAUGAAUACAGUUGAGCUGGAGUUGGCCCCUCUAGGCACCGAGCAACCGGGCCUUCCUUCUUGCCCUUUUUAUCCACCAGACACGCUCACACAAACUACCAGUGAAUUGGAAACUAAUCUCAAAGAACAAACCGAUUCACAGAUGAAAACGGUGAGUCUCGAUCAGGGCCAAUCUGUGGUGGAUGGAGAUACACAACGUGAGCCAGAAGAAAAGCCUGGACCAUCUGAACAAGAUUCCUCUGUAAGAUUGCUGGUAGACAGCAAGGAGAAUCAGGAGCAGGUGGCGAACAAGUCUGAAGUAGAGGAUCCAGCCGCCAAAGACGAGGUUCCAUCAAACCUAAAGACCAAGCAGGUGACAGAGUUACCAGUAAAUGUAAUGUCAGCUCAAGAACUGGUCAAAGUGCGGAAAAGAAAGUCAACCAGGGCGUUUAUCUUUCAAGGAUAUAGGCAAGAACUGUUCGGAUCUUUAAGUAAAGAUGAUUUCCAAAUCAAUGCCUCACCUUCCAAACGGCGAAAAACCCCAAAGUCUCGCCUUGUUAAAUUUGGUCCACAAAGCAAAGAGAAAAAAAACAAGAAUCAGAAGAAGCCAUCACAGCAGAGUCGGCAAACACAGCAACAGGGAAAAAGAGGUAAAACACAGACAACAAAUCUCUCCGAGAAAAAGGAAACAUCACCGAAGAAGGGCGGAAAGGGGAAAACUGACAAGAAAAUUGGACAUUUGGAAUCUCCUUCUAAAAUAAAAUCACCUUCUUCAACCCAAAACCCAGAACUGCAACAAAUCAAAGAGGAUAAAAUCAAAAAUAAAAUCAAAAAUCAAAAAGAAGUGGCCAAAGAAGGGGUUGUGAUCAUAAGUGAGAACAAAACUGUUGCCGUACCUGUAUUUAAAAAUAAAAAAACAGCAAAACAAAUUGAUAAAGAUCAGCCAAAGAAAGCAAAGAAUGGGAAGCUGAAGAUAAACCUGGCAGAACCCGAAAAAGUUAAGACGAAUACGAGCACAGCUGCAGCAGACAUCCCUUCACCACAGAUAAAGGAAGACGCUCUCCUUCUACUGAAAGGUCACAAACAGCCUCAACUGAAAGUUUAUAAGUUAGACCCUUCAAAAGCAUCAGGCCAGACGCAGGCUUCCCCUCGUGAUCCCCAAACUAUUCAAGAGAGUCAAGCGAACAAACUCAAACAUUCAGCAAGUGACCCGACAAAUAAUCUUACAGCGGGCGGCAAGAAUACAGGGGGAGGACCCCAAAAGAAAGCUUUAUCGUUGUUGUCCUCUUUACAAGUUUCUCAUCAAACACCCGAGACGCCGCCCAGCAAACCAAAAAACACAAGGAAACGUAAAGCCUCCUCCAACGUGGAGACUGAAGGAGUGAUUACUUCCAAUUCCAAGCGAGCCUUGGAGUGUAAGGAGUGUGGCCAAAGAUUUGGUGAUGUCUCGUCCCUCCAGAAGCACAAGACCGUUCAUAUCGUUGAGAGUCCCGGUCUCACCUACACCAAUGGCAACAUCUUUGAAGGCGUCUCCGGGUUGACUAUCUACCAGCUUCCAAAACAGCCCGAUAAGGUUUCUGGAGCGAUGAAUGCCGUUUCAGACUGGGACACCGAGCCUGAGCUUGCAGAGACGGCCUCGGAGGGGAGAGAGCGCAGCGUCUCCUUUCCGGCGUUGCUUCCGUCCCCGUCGUUACCCGUUUCUCCUUCAGAUGUUGAAGUUGGUGCAUACGAAAGUAAGGCUGACGGUAAAAGCGAAGCAGAUUAUCCAUCGAACACUUUCCCUUUAAUUCAAUCCCCAUCUGAUCAAAGGGAAACCGGUGAGACACGUUUGACUUUCCCAUGUGAGCCCCCUUUAAGUACCUCGAAUCAGACAAAGACUUUGGACACAGGAGAGGCGUCUGAUGCGGACAAGCAAGAAGAAGGUCCUGCAAGGAGUCCUAUCUCUGAGUCUAAAGAUCAACUUGCCACAGAGGAAGAUGUUAAGGAGGAUUUACUUCUCGAGGUAGAUUUAGUCACUGUUGGGGAGCAGAAUGAGAGAGAUGAACCAACCUCUCUUGAAGACAUUGUUCCCCAAAAUAAAUUAAGUGACACUUGCAAUUCCAAGGAUGAAAACACUGACUCCCUUCCAGAGCAAGUUAGUCAUGAAACCGCUGGAAAGAGUCUAACUUCACAGACAGUGUCAUGCUCCACUCAUCAUGUGGACAUCAAAGAAGAGGAGGAAGAACUGUUGGUCCACAAUAAAGAAGAAGCAGGGACAAGUAGAAGAGGAACAGGGCGUCUGAAACAAGGUGUGACAUCUAAAAGGGUUCCAGUUGGAGGUAUUAUCAGAGGAACGGAAUCAGUGAACGAACGGGAAUGUCUGUUAAUUUACGAAGAAUGUCCCAUCAUCUCUGAUUCAGAAAUGAAUGACGAAGGGGAGACUGCCACAAGUCCCCCACAGCCGGAGAUCAAUCUUAAGGCCAACCAAAAUACUGCUCCAACUGAACCAGUGCCUGAAGAAAAAGUUAGUCUUGAGUUAGAGUCUGCUACCAGUGGCGUUACGGGGUUGAUGCAUCUGAGAGGACUACAGGGACGAGAGGACAACGAGUCCGACCAGUCUCCAGACAUUAUACUUGAGAAGAUCCUCACCUCUGCCACUGCCGGGAAGGAGCCGUGCCCGAUGUCUGAUGGGAACAAUCCCAGACAGGGUUUGGACAGCACUGCUGAGAAUGAAAGCCGUGGCACCCCACAGGAGAUCAAGGUGGAAGAGAGCGUCCCCGGUCCACCACUGGUGGAGCUCACCUGUCAAAACGGACCGAGUGCGAGUGUGCAGCCACAGCACCAUCGUGACGUGAGGACGGUUCUGGUGAAGGAGGAGAGCAGCCUUGUGCCGCACGAGGCCCAGGCUGCCCAAGGCAGCAGGCGCAUCCGAUGGAAUGUGGAGCCGGUCGACAUUGAAAACGCCCCCAGUCCAUUAAUGGAGAGCGGGGGGACGACGAGCGACAACGGUUGCAUCAGCCCAGAGUCCAACACCGACCAGUGUAUCUUCUACCCAGUAAAGGAGGAGGAGCGGGAUCUUCCACUUGGCACUGUUCAGACAAACUGUGAGAAUUUAACAACCGGAGCAUCAGUUGAUGCCCAGCAGACAGAACCUCAAGAGACGCAGAGUCAUUUAUCUGUGGCAGACAGUGAGGAGCAGCAUCCACCAGACAUCAGCGACUUUCUCCUCCAAAGUUCUGAUGAAGAAGAUGCGGCUGGUUUUGAAAUGUCUGAUCCUCCGCUUGACUCCGAAGCAGAAGUUAUGGCCUAUUUCUACAAGACCCCAACAAACACCGCACAACAGCCGGACGAUCUGUCCCAAAAUUUGCCGACCUCAACAAGCUUAUUCCAAGCACCUGGAGAGGAUAAUGGGACCAGAGAGCCCAUUCACUACUUCUCCAGUUAUUUUGGUUGGGAUACCUGGGUAGAAAUGGCCAAUUGCACAAAUAAGCUUUCCAACAUGACCAAACCUGUCACAGCCCAGGAGGUUGCACAGUUUGUCGGCAUACACAUAGCAAUGGGAACUUUAAAGUUUCCUAGUCCAAAGCUGUAUUGGGAAGACUUAACCAAGGUGCCCUUGAUCGCUGAGGCCGUGCCACUAUCCCGCUUCCUUGAGCUGUCUCGCGGGUUGAAACUCGCCUCUCCUGCAAAAGAUCCAGUCCACAGUAAUGUUCAGGAAGAAAGACAUGAUGGCAACUUUCAAAAUUCACUGCAAGGUAAAGCUGUCUCAAGCAGCCCAUGUGACAUUUCUCAGUGUAGAGCUGAGCGGACGUCAAGGGAGGCGCCAAAUGACCCGAGCGGUCCGACAGCGCAGCCGGAUCCACUGUGGAAGGCUCAGCCGUUAUUGAGCCGUUUCAAAGCCGGAUGCCAGGCGCUGAGACGAGAGGGGGACUAUGCAGUGGACCAAUAUCCCCUCCCUUUGCCUGGGAAAAUCCAAAAUAAGAAACUGUCUCUGAACUCCACCACAUUAAUUGGAUUUGGAGGUUUUCUUUUACAUGUGGAUCUCGAGUUGGGUCUUUCUGGCAAAGAAGAUGCUGUAGAAAAAAUGGUCCCCAAAGGUAGUAUGGUUUUUCUUUGCAAACAGGAACUUUCCACCCCUGCGAUGCUAGAGCGUCUGUUGGCUGCAGGGGUUCAUGGUGCAGGAAGGGUUGGAGGAACCAGAGGAAAAAUUGGAGAUGAGUUUGUAAGCUCAGAUGGGAAGCUGAUGUUACGCAGAUCGCACUGUGGCUUCAUACUCUCCACCGCAGGAAAUGCCCAGAAGAACACCGCUUCAAUCAUUGAGAACUUUGAGAAGGCCCAGAUGUCUGCUCAUCUCAACAGAGAUUUGCAGAAUCUUUACUCCAUCCCUCUCACGGCCUCAGCCCCGAGCUGCUGGCCUCAAGCGGUGCUCUGGUACCUAACAGAUCUGGCUUUGGUGAACUCCUGGCUCUUAUACAGACAGGAUCACAGGGCAGUGUCUGCGCCUCUGACCUUCAUGUCUUUUAGAUUGGAGGUGUCUAAGGCUUUGAUCCUUUGUAGCAGCUGUGAUACCCAGGACUCCGUUCCCCCUCAACCACCCAAAGACAGGGCUCAUGCAACAAAUGAAACCCCCAAUCCCAGCCUGGUGCAGGAGAGUCCUUUACCGGACGCAGCCACACGGUACGAUGGUGCCGACCACUGGCCGGAGCAGCUUGGCGAGGUGGAAGGGGGUAGGUGUCGCUUUGGGGACUGUCAAAGAACAUCUCGCGUGAUGUGCCUUAAGUGCUGUGUCUUUCUUUGUAUCUCACGCAACCACAACUGCUUUUUAAAUUUUCAUAAUCAAGGGAGUUUAGAAAAAGUUUGAUGUCGACUUCAGAAUAUACCCUUUUUUUUCCAAUAAUGUUUUGAGUUGGAAUGUAAAUGUGCACUUGGUGUAUGAAAAGCCAGCUUGUAAAAAGCAUACGGUAUUAUGACCUUUCCUUUUCAACUUUUUCAUGCUCUUUUCUGGCGGGGGUGUAUUUGUGCAGGAUUAUGUACUGCCGUUUAAAAUAGAAAUGCUACAUGAUGCACCUUAAUGUGCCAUUGAGAAAGUAUUUAGCCAUCAGAAGGAAAUUUUAAAAUAUGCAUAGCAAUGUUUGUGUUGCAGAAGAUCAAUUAUUGUCCUUUUACAUUUUUUUAAUCUUUUAAAAUUUGCAUUCCAUGAUGAGCUUGCUUUUAGAUCUCUGAAUUUAAUUUAUUUGAAAAAGUAAGAAAAAACAUGCUCGGUUGUUUUUUGUUGUUGCACAAUACACGGUUUGCAAAUAUUCAGCAUACCCUUGACUAUGGAUACAGUGCAUGAGUUGAGAAAAUCACAAAGAUUAGAGUAAUUGCCAAUUGAAUAUACACACAUACUCCUAUUGAUAUCCGUUAUACCUCAGGGACAGGGCUUGACAUUAGCACCCGCCAAAUUGUUGGGAGCCUGUGCCUAUUCUCAGUCACUCAGGUGGGAAAUUCACAAUGCUCGUCACUGAUUGGUCGACAGCAGCUCCUCUGACCGAUGUAACCCUGCAACUUGAUCCUGCAAUCAGGAAGAAAAAAAAAGAAAUCUUCCUCUAAUAUACACUACCUGGAGUAUAGAGUUGUUUGUUUGACGUCAGUUAUUUUUCCAUUUUCUUUCUCCUUUUUGAUUUUGCAAAAAUGCUCACUUGGAAACCUCUUGAGGGCCUCAAAGAGUCGAGUUCUAGUGAAACGGACGGAUGCGCCGCUGCAUGUUUCAUAACGGCUCUCGUCCAGCUUGUUUCACCCUUGUGUGAGAAUUGUUUUUCCUGGGCCAUUGCGGAUAAAACAGAUCAUGUGAUCGGGUCUGAGCAGGAAUCUCCAUGCGGGGGCAGAACGGAGACCACACUGUUGUUCUCAGACGAUGAACUCAUUAAUGAGAGGACUGCCAAAGUGACUGCAUGCUUAUCUAGCUCUGUAUGAAGAGUUAAAUGUUAAAUAUGCUGAAUGUACAAGAUGGUAUUUGUAUCCACCAUUAGCAUUCAUUCCCUUACUAAACAUGUGGGCUCACAGGAGGGUGUGGAUGAUGAAAAAACAAGCAAACAAUACCCAAUCACUCAAUCACCCUCCAUAUCAUAAAUGUAAUUUUUCUAAUAACCCCACAAAGGCUUCUAUUAUCAUUUGUUUUAUUUUGUAUUAAACUAUGUUUAAGGACAUUUGCAUCCCAAAUUAAAAUUAGAGUGAAGGAGAACCGCAGCAACUAAUUCUGACAUCGCCACUUGUUAUCUGUGUGCAGCAGUAAAACAUGGCCCCGUCCUCUGGACAAAGUUCCAGUCCACACGUGUCCCAAUACAGAUUUUUGGCCACACAUACGUUUCAGGUCACUAAAAUGCACAUUGUGGAAAAUGCCCUUGGAGAUGUAUGUUUUUAAUAACUCCUGCAUAGAACUUUCUUUGCAGGACCUCUGCUAGUGACAAGUUCACCUGCAGUUAUUGUGCGCAAACAAAAUGUGCUGUGAAGAAGCGAACGUAAACCAACGCGCACAAUACCAAUCUAUAAACUCAUGUAUAAUAUUCAUUGACUACUUCAUUGCCGUUCUACACGCCGAGUAUAGAAAUAAGUAUUAAAUGCAUUGUAAGGACAGUGAGGUGGCAUCGCAGAUAGAUUUCUAACAUAAACGUUCUAUUGCGUUGACUCUUAUUGUAAAAAGUCUACGUACUUCCGGUUUAGCGGCGUCCUUUAAAAAAAAAAAUUCUAGUCUUAACUAAAUAAAAAUGUAUCCCCUAAUCUUCCCAACGGUUUGUUUUUUAUGCAAAUAGAUAGUUACUACACAUUUAAUGGUUGGAAUAUUCUGGGACGGAAACCGAAGACGCGCUGUCUAACAACUUAGAGGAUAUUGGUGUCAGCCGGAAGGCUUUUCAGAAUUGGUCAUAACAUUUCAACUUCGGCAAGACGCAGAUCAAAGCUCUGUAAAAUGAAGUGGUUUAAAAUAUAAACUGUUGAUUGGACGUGUAAUAUAAAAGAUGCAAACUAUUACAGCGAAUGAAAACAAUUAAUAUUUUUAACCAAGUUGUUUGGGGUCACGUGACGGGGAUCAACCAUAGAAUCCGACUAUAUAGAAAAGGGAGAUAAAUUCAAAUUAAUGAAUGUUUAUGAAGACGAUAGUUGUCUCAUUGUGUGUUUCUAAAUGAUUAAAAUAAAUAUCGUAUAUGAACAAGAUAUGGCGGCAUUUGAAUUGAGAGAGAAUAUUGUAUUAUGUGCGUGUUUCAAGCUACACUCCCUACAACGCA